GGCUCGAAGAUGAAGGACAUCGUAGCCAAGUCCAACGGGGAGGCGAAGCUCAGGGUGCUCACCGGUGUCGCGGCGGCCCGCUGGGCGGCAGACAACCUGGUGAGACGGCUUGACAGGGAGCUGCGGGAGGCGAAGGAAGUCAUCGCCAGCCUCCAGGCGCAGCUGGAGUGCGGAUCGCGCGGCGACGCCGCGGAGGCGGAGGCCCUCCGCCGCGAAGCCAUCGCGCGGCCCGCCUUGGUUGCGCGCGUCCGCGGACGCCGCGAAACCAGGGCGCAGCGGCAGCGGCGGAACGUCGCGUGGCAUGCCGAACGCUGCCCGUCGGCAGACGCCCCGCCGCAGGAAUGGCGCAGGGCUCAACGCGGGCCGCGCCUCCCAGGAGGGCCCCUUCCUGGUGAUGGGCGCGGCGGUGCGGCGCAGAGUGCCAUCGUGUGUGAGGUGGAGACCUGCGUCUGCGAAGUGCAGCCGCCGAUUGAGUGCGCAUUGGAUGCUUGCGUGGCCGAGGCGCCAGCGCGGCUGCCCAGCGCCCGAGUGGCGGCCGCGAGGACCCCGCUGCGGUCUGGCGCCCAGCCGUGCCUCCCCGAGUGGGCGCGCUGGGCCGCGCUGCUGGAGGAGCUCGGCGUGGCGCAGCUGGCCGAGCAGGGCUGCGGCGAGGGCGGCGCCGAGAGCACCGUGGCGGAGGAGAUCAUCGCGGAGUUCGGCUGCGAGGCCGAGGAGGAUCGCGCUGCUGCGGCGCGUUGCUCGGCGUGGCGGCCGUGGCGGAGCGGGGGCAGCCUAGAGGGGGACUCGGAGUUCGAGGGGGAUUCUGAGUUCGAGGACUUCGGGUCCGAGCACGGGCAGUUCCUGCGUGACGAGUUCUCGGACGGCAGCGAGCUGGCCGCGGAGUACGAGCUGGCGCGCGCUGCCUGGCUGGAGCGCUCGGGCUCCAAGCGCGAUGGUGGGGGCGAGCCCGAGGAGGAGCACGGCGCGCUAGCGCUCGCGGCCGUCAGCUCCGAGUUAGGCCCCGAGGAGCUGCACGAGUCCGUGGGGAGCAACGUGUUCGUUUCGUUCUUGGACGGCUUCUCGGUGGCGGCGGUGGCGUGUGCGGCCAAGGGGCCGAAGUCGGGAGUUGGGUCACUCCUGGACUUGGCCGAGGCCCGCGCCCUCGGCGUCCUCGGUGGCGGCGGUG